AUGGAGGAUGACAGGGCAAAUGACAGCAACCAGAAGAAAGAAGAUGUGUCAUUGAAACAGUAUACACUGGACAAUUUCUUCCACCUGACACAGGAGGUCAUAGAGGAAUUAAAUGGGGAUGAUAUGAUGCCUGAAGGAGAGACAUCAAACUAUAUCCCACCCACCACCAGAGCAGCAAUGAUGGGAAGGAGACCAAUCCCCACCAGCUCCAUUGGAUGGAAAACCAAGGAAGACAACAACACCAUAAUUUUCAGUUGCUUCAAGGGGGUUGAAGAACUAAAGAAGAGAAUAAACUCUCGCUGGAAAAGGAUACCAAAAGCAUAG